AUGGCUUGGGAGGACAUGAACGUCUCUGGCACAGGUCCCUUCCACGUCUUUGCCAUCGGUGACUGGGGUGGCUUGGACGGUACACUGCACCCGAUUGAGGGGCGGCCCAACCUCAUUGCCUAUCCGGCAGGAACGAAAGCAGGACCAAGCGUUUUCCCAAGGACGCGUUUCAACAAGCCGCACACGAAGCUGCUCUGCAACCACAAGCAGUUUGUCGAGUGCUACAAGACGAUGGGACGAGUGUGCGAUCCCGGAUGUGGUUUCGUGAAGGGCAUCGAUGAUCAGCCCCAGUUGCUGGUGGCCAGCUCCUUCAAGAGUCGCGCGGCCAAAGUGGACCCCGUCUUCAUCCUCAACGUAGGCGACAACUUCUACUGGGGCGGUAUCGAAAAGACCUGCGGCACGCCAAUGGACGAGCUGUCCUACGUGACCCACCACCAGUUCGACCAAGUCUUCGAGAACAUUUACAACGGGCCUGGCUUGGAUGGCAAGCCGUGGCUGAGCGUCUUGGGCAACCACGACUGGGGAGGCCGCGUCUUCAACAACGGCUGGGAUCAGCAGAUUGCUUACACCUGGCACAGCGACCGCUGGAGACUGCCGGCGGCAUACUGGAGCCAGCACGUGAACUUCGUGGAUGCCGGGUUCACCAUGGACAUCUACAUGGUCGACUCGAAUUCCCAGGAUGCGGAGGAUCCACCUCUGGACCCCGAGCACAACAUCUGCGGAUCCGCACACAAUCCGCCUGGAGCAAACUGCGCGUCGCAAGGUGGACCGACUUCUGUCGCGACAUGCAAGGCAUGGUUUUGGGCCUUGUGGCGCAAGAACCAGGAGUGGCUGACAGAGCAGCUGAGCAAGUCCACGGCGGACUGGCAGCUAGCCGUCACACAUUUCCCGUGUGGCUUCGAGAAGAACUAUUGGGCAGGACUGCACCAGCAGCACGGACUGGACCUGCUCGUGACCGGACACCGCCACGACCAGGAACUUUGGAGUCCUAGCAGGCUGGGAGGACUCACGUGCUUCGUGACCGGCGGCGGCGGAGGCAUCUCUUCUGAAGCCACUCCGAACAUCCACAACAAGAGGGAUUGGUACGGCGAGGCCCAGUACGGCUUCUACGAUCUCUUGAUCUCCAAAACCUCCAUCCUCAUAACCUCAAUCAACUGGAAUGGCUACGAGAUCAUGACCCGCACUGUGUACCCCAAGGCGUAA